AUGUCGGUCGCGUCACGUCGCUUCUCGGGCGAAACCGCGGUGACGCAAGCGAACCCGGAGACGUCGCCGAGAGCCCGCACCUACGUCAAAUGGACCCCCGAGGACCUUCGGUUCCUACGUGGUUCUCGGCAAUUCUGCGUGCGACCGACCCCCUUAGGGGUGGGGCGCCGGCUUGACCAGCGGGCCCCGCGGGGAGGACUGGCCGCAUCUGGUCUGGACUUGAGAAUUAAAGCCCUUCCCUCUGCGCCACCUGUAAAAUCGGACUCUGACUUGGCCCCUCUCCUUCCUGGCCGUUCAAUCCUUGCCAUUCGUUCCAAAAGGCGCCGCCUUCCUAAAGUCUCCCCUGUGGUCGGGGGUAUGGUUCCUGCGUCCCAGGAGGUCUCUGGUGAGGAGGAGGAUACAACGGAGGCUCAGCUCCCCAAUGACGUCUUGUUGAGUACAUCAACGGCCAUUGAUUUCCGAUUCGGCGUUACAGAACAAGGCCGAGCGGGCCCUGGACAAUCUCGACGGAUUUUCAUCGCUGGACUCGUUGCUGAUCGAUCCUUCUUCGAUGAGGAUUUUCUGCGUAAGUGGAAACCGGUUUUCGAACGUGAAUGUUUCGCGAACCUGGCCGGAGAUGAUUCCGGCGCGCCGUUGAUUGCCCUCAUAUUCGUGUCUGAUGUCACCUCUGUACUUGCAUCAAUGAAAGAGUCGUCCCCCGGACCUGAUGGCCUCCGCCUCCACAUCUUAUGGGAUAUUCCCGUAGAGGUUAUCACCCUGCUUUGUAAUCUGCAGUUGCUGAAAGGUCCGCCUCCUUCCAGAGGUAAACCCGUUAACAUCUACACCUCUCGGGUGACCUUCAUCAAGAAGAUGGAGGUGCCCGAUGAUCCACUGGAAUUUCGACCUAUUGCCGUUGAAAAUUACUUUGUGCGUGUGUUCCACCGAGUGUUGAAGCAUCCCCGCCGAAUCAUCAAGACCAAGUCGAGUUUCAGCGUUUUGACGGGAUUGCUCACAAUGACCUUAAGCUUCAUGCGGCCAUCGCCGAAGCCCGUUUCGUCGCGACCGUCGAACCUGAAAUACCUGAAAUACCGCCACUUCCGUCGUUUCCUCGCUCACCCGGUGAAAAAGGUGACAGGUGGGGCCCUAACCCUAACUCUAACCCUGUUUGCUUGCGCACUUUCAAGCGGACAGCCUGCCUCGCAAGCCACAUGUGGAAAAUGCAUCCUGCUCAGUGGAAUGAGAUAA